AACUAUAUCCUGAAUGGCGCUGCGAUCACUGAGGCCAUUUUAUCAACAAACACAUUGUGAGACUGAAUCAGUUCUUAAAAAUAGAAAAGUUGAAUUACAUACGAUAGUUCAAUAUGGACAAAUUAAAAAAGGCUCUAAGUGGCGAUGAUGCGGAUGAAGAAAGUGGAAUUGUCACUCAGCCUCUAUUGGAUUAUGGCAGGUUUUCUGAUGCAACAACACUAAGUUGGUCGACCCGAAUCAAAGCUUUCAUCGUUUGUUUUGUUGUUGGUGUGUCCAUGUCCAUCUUGGGAAGUUGUUUAUUGUUUGCACCCAAUGGUUUGGUUUUGUUCGGUGUUUUUUAUACUCUAGGAAAUGUAUUAUCAUUAUUAAGUACCUGUUUCCUCAUGGGUCCAAUGAGUCAGUUAAAGAAAAUGUUUGCCAAAACCAGAGUCAUAGCCACCAUCUUAGUUCUUGUUAUGUUUGUAUUAACAUUAGUUUGUGCAUUUGCUAUAAAGAAUCCAGCUUUAACUAUUGUUUGCUGUGUUUUACAAUUUGUGGCUUUAACUUGGUAUUCAAUAUCAUAUAUUCCCUUUGCAAGAGAUGCAGUGAAGAAAUGUUUUGGAUCUUGUUUGGAGUAGACAAGAUGGAUUAUUAUUAUUAUUAUUGUUAUAAUUAUCACCUCAUUGCCAUCAGGAUUAUAUAUAUAUAAUAAACUUCAUCUACAUCAGAAUUAUAUAUGAAGAGUCCAGGGGAAGAACGAUCGAAGUCACAUUUUUGUCUUUUCGCAUAAAAGGCAAAACAGACUUUUGGAUGAGAAUGCUUGACGCGAACAGAACAAUGAGUGGGUUUAAUUACAACUUCAAAAUGAUGUUUAAUACGAAUCAUAAUUACCAGUACAACAACUGACUUCCACUUUUCAGCCACAUUAUGGUCAAAUAAAGGGUACGAUGAACGUAUUUGUCCUAGAGGCCAUUUCAGAAGAGCCUUGGUUCGAUGUGACUCUGAUCUUUUUUACCUGAAAUUGAUUGUUCCACAGAAAGCUUAUACAAUUUGCUACCAGAUGGCGCCAUUAACUAGGGUUCGUUGAAAAAGUGACUUAGAUCGUUCUUCCCUGGGGCACUUCAUAUAUAUAUACUCUUCAAAAAAAGUAGGGGAUGUUCAGAAACAAUACAAAACUGCGGAAAUGCACUGCUGUUUUGAUUAGAGGUAACCAGUGUAUGUUAAUAACAGGCCAUCUACACAUGAACAUAAACAGUUCAUAUGGGUGGCUUAUCUGACGGCCCCAUUUCACUCGCAAAGAGAUACACCGUCAAAAGUGAAAAUGAAUGUUUUUGAUUUUUGUCUUGAUAAUGAAUUAUUGCUCCACCAAUCCUCAGACAUUCAGCAAUUCGUCGUGGCAUGCUCCUAAUCAACCAUCCAACCAUGGCCAAUUCAUGCAGUGUUGUCGGUUGACGUUGACGAACACAUCUCCCGAUGAAAAUAAACGUAACACACUAAAGCCAAGAUAUGCUAAACAGUAAAUCUUAUGCAGGAACCGAUAGGAAUGCUAACAUGGAUAGAUAAACCAGCACGCGACAGUUUUCAUCAACCCUUCCUUGACGUGUCAAAUUUGAAAUUGAACCCCUCCCACGUGUAUGGCACUAUUGCAUGUUGCAUGUUCAGCUCAGUGGUUCUGUUGGGGCGAUAAGUUCUUCAUGUGUGAACAAACUCUCAAAGCAUGUCAAGUGUCCAUGACUAUUUAUCAUAUGACAACCUGCAUAGGUAUUUGCAUUUCAAUAUCCCCUACUUUUUUUGAAGAGUAUAUAUGAUAAACUUCAUCUACAUCAAAGACCAUAAUACAUUGUUAUACAGAUAGCGUUUUACCUUGCCUUGUGAAAAUGAUCAAAAUUAUUUUUUCAUUUCCAAAUUUAUUUUGGUAGAAUGGGUGUUUAUUGGGAAAUGAUGAAAUUUGAUUCAUUAUUUUUUUGAACCAAUCUUAUUUCACAAAAUAAUUAUAGGGUAAUAAAUAUAUGACAGAUAGAAUUAAAAACUUGUAAUCAAAUAAGUGACCUUUAACCCUUUUGGUUACCAUAGUAAUGUCUUAGUGUCUCCAUUUCUAUUACAUAGUGUGUGACCACCCAGUGACCGGGUCAUGGAGAAAGGUUACAUAGUGUGUGACCACCGAAUGACUGGGCCCUGGGGUUAGGUUACAUAGUGUGUGACCACUCAGUGACUGGCCCCUGGGGAAGGUUACAUAGUGUGUGACCACCCAAUGACUGGCCCCUGGGAUAAGGUUUCAUAAUGUGUGACCACCCAGUGACUGGCCCCUGGGGAAAGGUUACAUAGUGUAUGACCACCCAGUGACUGAGCCCCGCAAUUUGAAAAUGUUAUCUGGUAAAGAAUUGAUUUUACAUCUUGUUAUACAUGUUCAGUAAUUUAUUCAGUGCUUCAAAUAUGCUGUUAAUUAUUGCUUUAUUUGCUUUGUAUACAUGCAGAGAUGUUAGUUUCUCAGCCAAAAGAAAGCCAAAACAUCUUUUAAAAAUGAUUGCUGAUGAAAUGGAUAAUUUUAGGGGUGCUCAACUGUCAGUACAAAUUCCCCAAAAUGUUAAUUGUAGAGGGAUCUUUAAAGCAAUCUGAUUAAAACACAGAUCCUAUUAGGUUUCGUUUUUUUUAUAGUUCAAAAUUUCGUUUUAUUUGUCUAGGAUCUGGAAGAGUUGUUAUAAAACCCGCGUUCUGGAUAAUGUAAGGUAUUAGCCAAAGAAACCAUCUGUUACAGCGACUUCUUGCUGUGCGUUUCACAGAACUGUGGGUAAACUAUUAGAAAUAUCAACGCUGACUGAUUAAUCUAUGUCUGACGUCAUAUGGUCAAAAGCAGCUCGUACGAACCCUGACGCAACCUUUCAGUAAAAUUGGUCAGAUCUUUAUGUAGUGUAGGCCAUGGAAAGUAUUAAAAAAAAAAAUGAAACAAAUUAAGAUCUGUAUUUUAAUCAAGAUUGCCUUUAAAUAGAAUAACAAUUGGACUAGUUUGUGAAAGAGUAAUACAUGAUGUAUAAAAGGGACAAAUUGACAGCUGUUUGAAUUCUGUGAGUAAAUAUAAUUAUAUUUUUAUUUGAAUUGAAUUGUAAAAUAUUUAUAUUGUCAUUAUAACCAAAUAUCCCAGGUAUUUUUUAUCAAGAGGCAAAUUUGGUCAUGUCUAUUACUGAUUUACAAGAUCUCACUUUUUGCUCUCGCAUCUUUUGUCAAGUGGUUUGAAUAAAUCAGGGGGUAGGAUGACUGUAUGGUUAGUACAUGCGCGCUGCAUCAUAAGGUCUGUCAUUGAGUCAACUGGCGGGGUUUCGAUUCCCUAGUUGAACGUGACAAGGAGUAGAGUCGCCUGUCCAACAUCGUGGGUUUUCUCCGGGUCCUCUGGUUUCCUCCCACUGCUAAAGACCCCUACGCGCAAACGAAUUAUUGAAAUAAAAUUGAGCCAUGUGUUAGUCCCGGAAUGACUUAGUUUCUCUUUCUCUCUCUCUCUCUCUUUCUCUCUUGAAUAAAUCAGUCAGUUGUAUUAGCCUACCAAUGAACUGAUUAAAAUCAGUUCAUUGGUAGGCUAAUACAACUCUGAUGUAAUAAGAGAAGAUUUUUACAUUUUGUCACCUCGCUUGAUUAAAGAACAGAUCAAUAUUUGUUUGGUAUGUUAUUGCCCGUUGAAGAAUCUUUGAGAAUUAAUUUAACAUCUUUGUCGUCUUGCUUGUCAGUCUGAUUAUAAUACAGAUCAUCUACUGGUACAACCAAUCUAUUGUCUGUCACUCUAAUUAGCAGCAAGCCUGGAAAUAUAGCACCUGGCACAGACAUCGUCCGGCAUUAUUCCUCUGAUGGGGGGUGGCCAAAUGGUUAGCACGUGCGCGCUGUAUCAUACGAUCUGUCAUUGAGUCAACUGGCAUGGUUUCGAUUCGCCGGUUGUAUGUGACAACGAGUAGGGUCGCCUAUCUAACCUCGUGGGUUUUGUCCGGGUCCUCCGGUUUCCUCCCACUGCUAAAGACCUCUACGUGCAAGCGAAUUAUUGAAAUUAUGAAAUAAAAUUGAACCAUGUGUUAGUCCCGAAAUCCUACUUUUUUGCUCUGGCUGGGUUAAUGAAGACGGGCAUAUGCCAUACAGUGUGCUAUGAGGUACUACAGCCUACUGUUAUAUCGAAUUCCAACUGACAAGGGAUCUUUUACGUACACGCCAAUGUGUACACGGGAUCUCGGUUUUUCCUCCCAUCCGAACGGCAAGACAGUUGUCCUUGCCAGGCCCCCCCCCUUCCGCAUCACUGACAAGGGGGAACCAUGCCGGAAAAUUUGCAUGAACUUUCACAGCCUAUGCAGGGAUCGAACACCCGACCUCCGGGCUAGCGAGCCAGUGUCUUACCCACUUAGCCACCUUGAUCCCCUGGACAAUGAGAGAUAGAUGAUGAAAUAGUUUGUACUCCUUUAUCCUAGAUUCCUGUGUUUAUAUAAUUUAUUGUGUUGAAGAUGUUUGUAUAUAUAUUAAAAUAGAACCAUAUAUAUAUAUAUAUAUAUAUGCCUUAGUUGUAUUGUUCACAGUUUAAAUAGAUAGAACUCAAUGACCAUUGAAUACAGCUCGGGUUAUUCAAUGGUUCAAGAGAGUGUAUCCCUGCGCAAAUAUGCGGCAGGGAUACACUCGAGUGAACCAUUGAAUAACCCGAGCAGUAUUCAAUGGCCAAUGAAUUCUGUUUUUAUUCUAUAACUACAUGUAAAUCUCAAAAUACACUGUACUAUCAAGAUUAUCAUCCAAAAACAAAAUCACCAAUAACGUUAAAAUUCAUCAUAGCUUCCGCCCUUUUUUCUUUCUUUUUUUUUUUACAAAAAUGGUAUUUGCUAGUGGUGACGUCAUUACAGUUUGACGUAAUUCUGAAAGUGACGUCAUUCUGGACAAAAGUAGUACGUGUUGAAGCCAUUGAAUACAACGAUAGGUUAUUCAAUGGCUGUAUUCAAUGAUAUUUGCUUGUAUUUGCAUAUAGUUAUAGAAUAAAAUAUAUAAUUAUUGGUGCCUUAUCAAAGAUAUUUUGGUGCAUAUAUUUGUAUUUCUGUUAUUGGCUUGCUUGUUAUGAUCUCUCCAUAUAGCUAGGUCUAGAUUCAUAUGUAAAGGAUUCUUGCAGGCCCAUAACUAAAGGGGGGAGGGGGGCUUUAAAAGUUCCCCCCCCCCCCCCCCCCCCCCCGCACUGUGAAAAUAUUGUCGACCAUAAAAAACAAUAGAUAUACAUUGUCUGUCAAUUUAACAGUCUGAGAAAACCUGAAUGGUGACCCAACUCUUUAGAAAGUACAAGCAUUGAUACAUUGACAGACGUAAAGCACACGUUUAAGACAACACGUGGAUCUUCAUUAGUCCAUUUCUUUAUAUGAGAAAUAUUACUUUGUAGCAAUCCAAGUUGUGUAGUGCACUGGAUGAUAGAGACUUUAUAUCAACGCAUACUCAUAUAGACUUUGUAUACCAGACAUUUGUAUGACUGUUUUAACAAAUCUCCAUCAAAUUCACACCUUCCAUACAGAAUAUUUUGAAGAAAUCAUAUUUUUGACUAUUUAAAUUGCCAAUAUUGCUCAUGUAUGAUAAUUUUUGUAGCAUUAUUCAUCUUGUAUAAUAAACUCUAUAUAUUAUGUUAAA